AUGUUGAUGCCGUCGGCACUCCCGUGCGACUCGUCGCAGACACCCCCCUUGCCGCGCCUUCAGGCCGCGCUCUUUACUUCGCCGCCCGCCAGCCCUCCCCAGGUCUCGCCACAGACAGCCAUCGGCAACAUCUUCUCGACAUGUCGCUCUCUGCAAUCCCUCCUCACCAACCCCGCAACACCUUCCAUCGCCCAAGAACCCAUCACACCACCAGCCUCGUCGCACGCACAACUACCCACACCCCCGCUGGCGCACGCGCCGCCACCACUCAAGCUGCGCCUGCGCUCGCGCAAGACAGAUAGCGCAGCGCCGACAGGCGACCACGGGCCCACGAGGAAGCGCAUCGUCAAGCGCACCGCGUCGGUCGCGCAACAAGCGGCGGCACCACGGGGCCCCAACAAGCGUCGUCGCGCCGCCGACGACGAGCUGGGCCGGUACAACGAGGACGACAGCGACAUGGAACACGACGUACAAGAACACAGCCCAGAACAACAAGAACAACCACAAGAAGACGACCGACCAGAGGAGUCACCACCACACACCCCCAAGCGCGCGCGCAUCGCGCCCGAGGUGAUCCCGCUCGGGCUCGAGCGCGCCGACUACCACAGCCUGCAUUCGUCCUUCUCCUCGACCUUUUCCGGCGACGGCGACACAUCUACCGGCCACACCUCACCAGACACGGAGAUGAGCAGGAGAGGCACGGACGUGGUGCUCGAGGCGGACGGGUCGGCGUGGAGCACCGAGGAGGACCGCAUGCUGGUGGAGCUGGUGCUCGAGAAGCUCAAGCUGACCAAGUCGGACUGGCAGGACUGCGCGCGCAGCCUGGGCAAGGACCGCGCCACCGUCGGCCGCCGCUGGAAGAGCCUCAUGCUGAAUGGGGGAUGUGGGGCUGAAGAGGGGCGCGUUGAGGAGGGGGAGGAUACAUGGGACGUGGAGGUGAUCUCUCCUUUUGUUAAAGGGGGGUUUUUGGAUGUGUGUUACAGUUAUGUGUACUACUAA